ACCAGUUGUCAGUGUACAGUUAACGGUGAGACGUACUCUCGGCAAGAGAAUAAACCUGUUAAUAACAAAACGUCUCUUGGUAAUCUUGUAUUUACCAUUUACUUACCUUUUUAAACGGACACGUGUAUGGCCCUGUGAUCGGCGUUAUAAUUAGGAACGGCCAGUCUUUAAUUGCACUUAGUAUGUUGCAACAAAGUGGGCGUCUCCUUUCAGGUGGAUAUUAUUGCUGAUUACAUUUACAAAGGUCGACAGAUAUGAAAAACGAUACGAAGAGAAAAGAUGGCGUCAAAGCGAAGACGUAACUGUAUGGACAAACUGGAGUCCAGUCUAUAUGGUGUAUGUAUAGAAUCAUCAGUUAUAACAUUAACAACUAUAUCCGUCCUAGCCAUUACAGGAGAAUUACUUAUAGGACUCAAAAUCAUACAAGAACCGCCAAAUUCCAAUGGAAGGGUGGAGAUCACUGGUCACAACGUAACUACGGUCCAACCAACCGAUCAAACAGAUGGUGGAAGCAAGAGUGAUUCUAUUCAAACGGAAGGAGAUAAUUUGUCCACAAAUUUAGUCCUCGCCAGCAGUGUCUUUCAUUAUAUCAGCCUUGUUAUUGCAGCAUUAUUUCUUAUUGAGAUUACAUUGAAAAUCAUAUCUCGAGGGAAACCGUUUUGUAUAUCACCAAUACAGAUAUGUGAUUAUUUUAUUAUUUUGGUUGCUCUUGGUCUAGAGAUAAGUUUUUCGAUUGUUACUUUACCUCAGCCAUAUUGGGAGGCUCUGACGUAUGUUAUUAUAUUGAGGUAUUGGAGAAUACCAUAUGUGUGCAAUAUUCGAGCAGAUGCUAGACGAGUAGAAUUUGAACAAGAAAUAGAAUCAUGGCGGAUAGCUAAACAGAAAUCCGACGAAAAAUGUCGUAAUAUUCAAUACAAGCUAGAUCACUAUAAGUUGGACCAUAUGGUAAAUAGUAAAACUAAUGGCCACAUACCAGGUAAAAAAGCAGACAGAAAAGAAUCAAUUAAAAAACGAAGCAACUCAGAUCCAACAAUAAAUGGAGUAGGAGUAUCGAACGACAAAACGCCAAAUGGCAUUACAAAAUCUUCACAAAACAAUGGUCACAGUAUAAUGAUAGAGGAUGGUGAAGAUUGUGUGGAUAGUAAAGUAAACAAUUCUAAAAGUGCUGACAAUAAAGACAAUGUUAAACCUGUGAAAUCUGUGAACUUUGACGUGAGCUUUGAUACCGAUGCUACUCCGUCCCCGUCGAUCUCCCCUGCGCGUCAUCUUAACGUGUCACAGAAAGGUGGUUACACGCGUACAGACAGUGAAAGCUCUAUAUCGUACCAGGCAACAGAGGAAGAAGUUAUUGUUCAGAUAGAAACUCUAAAGUCUCCUCCAAUUUCUCCAACAGACGAUACUUCAAGUCUUUUACCGGGUGACCAGUAUAAAGAGGAGUAUGUGUUUGAUAAUGUAAUGUUUGAAGAUGAAGAUGAUUUAGUUCUGAGAAAAGAUUUACAAGUUAUGGCUGAUAUUGAUGGAACGAAAACAUAUAGAAGUGCCGAUGGUAUACCAAUGACGUCAUUGUAACUUAUAAAAGAAUGCGAGAGAAUAUGGAUGCUAUAUUUAAUUAUAUAAUUAUAUCAAAAAGAAAAUAGUUUGUUACCUGAGCAUCAUAGAUAUCGUUUGUUAAGUCGACGAAAAGCAAAACUUACAGCUAAGAAUAUCCAGAAGUUAUUUUCAUUAAGAAAUGCAAACUUUGAUUUUAUACUCAAGUUAAGCAAAAAACUUGGGAUCAGACAAUUGUUUAAAUUUUUAGUCCAGUUACUUGGAGAUUUCAGUUGUGGAAUUGACUUUAAUCAAAUCCGUAGCUAUCAAUUGGAUAUUUAAUGAAAGUAGCUAAAAUUGAUGUAUACGCGGAAGCCAAAAUGUGAAGGAUAAAGGUGGUUAAAAUAGUUUAGAAUGAACCUGUGUAUAUCUGCCAAAGCCCCGACUAAGAUACAUAGCAUAGCCAUCACAACGUCAUAAAAACACCAGAGAAAUGGUUUAAUAUUUAUUGAAGUUAAGACAGUGAUUUAAGUUAUAAAAAGGUCUUCAAUCAUAUAGUUAUUUACAAUAUAUAAUAGACUGUGAUUUCAACAUAAAAUGUAAAUUAAUCGUUUAUAUACACAAUAACUCGCUCAAUAUAAUAUAUAUAUAUAUAUUUAUUACAAAUUUGUAAAAUAUGCGAUGAAUUGAAUAA